UUCACCGUUGUUUUCCAGUCUAGCAGUGUUCUUUUCCUUGCGUUUAGUUCCGUUCUUUCGACAACCCAUCGACACAUUCAGCUGUUCUUGCUACAAAUCGCCUACUGCUAGAGCAGCAUGUACGUUUCAACAUUUCAACAGCAAUGAGAAGAGCGUUGAAGGCCUACCGAAGGCGGAGGUGAUCGAUCAAAUUCCUUUUUUGUUUUUGUUUUUUGUUUUUCCUUUAUGUGCGAACAAACGGUUUCCAAACUUAGCGCGAAGCCUGCCUGGCGGACAGAUUUGGCAGAAGUUUGCCGUGCUAGUGUUUUGUGUCUGUGUAUUGGGUUGUGUGUUACUCAUUAGAUUAGCUGCAGACUUCUAUCAACAUGUUUGUGUACCGGCGCCAUUGCAUAGGAGAGAAGCGGAGGGAUCAAGUUGCAGCGAGGACGGCGACGAGAAGCAAACGGCAAAGAACUCGAUUAGCUGCAGACUUCUAGCAACAUGUUUGUGUACCGGCGCCAUUGCAUAGGAGAGAAGCGGAGGGAUCAAGUUGCAGCGAGGACGGCGACGAGAAGCAAACGGCAAAGAACUCGAUUAGCUGCAGACUUCUAUCAACAUGUUUGUGUACCGGCGCCAUUGCAUAGGAGAGAAGCGGAGGGAUCAAGUUGCAGCGAGGACGGCGACGAGAAGCAAACGGCAAAGAACUCGAUUAGCUGCAGACUUCUAUCAACAUGUUUGUGUACCGGCGCCAUUGCAUUGGAGAGAAGCGGAGGGAUCAAGUUGCAGCGAGGACGGCGACGAGAAGCAAACGGCAAAGAACUCGAUUAG